GUUAAAUUAUGUAGGAACAUAAAUCUAAUUUUAAAGAAAAAAAAAAUUGUACUCUAUUCCAUCCCUUUCCAAGGAGAGGAGGAUAUGAAAAUAUUUAUUUUUUGAAAAUAAUUUCAACAAAAAAGUUAUAUUAAAAUAUUUUGGGUUUAGAGUCUUAAAUAUAAGAUCAUUGCAAGGACGAAUAUCGUUUCGAUUGUAUGAUUCUUAUAAAAUUUCAAAGACAGAUCAGAAUCUAAAUGUAUCUCCCCUUAAAAAAAAAUAAAAAAAUAAAAAAGAGCCACAAGGACAGGGUGAGAAUUAAUCCUAGGACCUCCUAAAAUCGAGAGGGAAGCUCUAUUACUAGUGUGUUUACUGUUUAGUAGUUAUUCUUACCAUUAAAAAACAAUACGAGUAUAAAAUUGGAGUAUUGAAUUGGGCCAAAUCGAAUAAUGAUAUGGGUCCAACCCAUUUAUCAAGCUUUAUGGUUUUUCAUUUUUUUUUUAAAUUUUUAUCUUCAGACGGGAAGCUCAACAUAUCAAAGUGAAGCAUUAACAAUGGCAUUUCUCUCCAUUUGAGUAAUCCUUGCAAUUUCUUGCCAAUUCUCUGUUACAGAAAUAUAUAAAUCUGAAAGAAGAUGGCUUGUAGCAUAUCGUCUUGUGCAUUUCUGGUAUCAUCAGACUUGUUUCGACCUCGAAUGAACAAACCCAAUUCACUUUCAUGGUCUUCUUCAAUGCCCCAAUUGAAUCUCUCACUCAAUUCCAGGUCUAAUUUGUCAAAUUCCUUUCCCAAACAGGACUUUGUCGUUCAAGCCGCAUGGACAAGAAGAUCUCGGGGAGAACCAAAGAAAACCGGGAGGAAAUCAUGGAAACAGCGAACUGAUAUGUAUUUAAGACCUUUUCUGCUGAAUGUUUACUUUUCAAAGCGGUUCAUUCAUGCCAAAGUGAUGCACCGUGGAACCAGCAAAGUGAUUUCUGUUGCCACCACUAAUGCCAAGGAUCUAAGAACUACCUUGCCAUCUCUAAUUGAUAAUAAUGCCUGUAGAGUGGUGGGUAAGCUCAUUGCUGAGCGAUCAAAAGAUGCCGAUGUAUAUGCUUUGGCCUAUGAGCCUAGGAAAGAUGAGCGUAUUGAGGGCAAGCUUGGUAUUGUCUUGGACACCAUAAAAGAAAACGGGAUCAUAUUUGUAAACUAAAAUAAUUUCAAUUUUUUAGUUAUGAUGUAGAGCAAAAUUAUGUGCUUGAUGGUUUCUUGCUUGAGUUAAUUGGUAUUUUAUAAUUUUCAAUUA